AUGGAUCAAAAACCCUUCUUCGAGGCACUGCUUGAAGAUGAUUGUGCGCAGGACAACCCGUUGGUUGACUUGUCUAAAAAUAUUGUUGAAGGAAGUAAUGAAGGUGAUUUUGAAAGUGGAGUGCAUCAUUUCUCAGCCACUGAUGCGGCGUCUGAAGACGUAUUGUAUGAUGAUUCUUUGCAAACAACGAUUAUGUCUGAAUUGAUGGAUGAAUUAGAUGCUGUUCGUAAUUUCACUAGUCCAUGGUUUGAAGAUUUUCAAACUGAGCGGUUAUCGAAGAAGUGGACUGAGGAAUUCUGUGAUUCCGAUACGCAUGAACAAAAUCGUGAAAGCGAAAUUGCAACUGAAACUGUCAACAGUACAAAUGAGAUGAGGCUCGAAUUCGAUCAAAAAUUGCAAAUUGAUGAAACGCCAGCACCAGAGAAACCUGGUUUUCUUCAAGAAAAUACAUCUGUUUCUCCGAUCAAAGUUGAUGAAACUGCAACAGCUUUUCCCACAAAGACAUUGCGUGAGUUUUUCGAAACAUAUCGUUUCCAAAAAAAUAACCCUCACCUUAAAAAAAUGGAUGCGAUCAAGGAAGCAAAGCAAUCAUUUGAUGCUGGUCUCAUUUUGACGGCUAUUUUAUAUCUUGAAGCUGCUCUACAAGAAAAUCAGAACGAUUAUGAAGUGGAUUUUUUUAGCUGGUUGUUGCUUGGGCAGUGUCAAGCAGAAAAUGGUAAUGAUAUACAGGCUAUUGCUGCAUUUAAAGCAGCAUUGAAGUUAAAUCCGCAUUUAAAAGAAGUGCACCUCUGGUUAGCUGGAUCUUAUAUUAACGAAGGUAUGCAAUUAGAAGCUACAGAAGUUUUGGAUGAAUGGAUUUCAAAAUAUUUGAUUGGUUCCUGCUUUUUAUUUCAAUCUUCUACUUCUGUUAAUCCACUUGAAGAACUGCGUAUUCGAGCACAAAAGGUAGAAGACAAGAUUAAAUUUAUGUUGGCGAAAGGAGCAAUGGAAGAUGAAGCAUUAUUUCAUGAUGCAUUGAGCUUAGUUUAUAAUAUCAAACAUGAAUAUGAUAAAGCUGCUAUUGAAGUGCAAUUGGUGCUUCGUAAAUAUCCAAAGGAUUACGUUCGUUGGAAUCGUUUGGGGGCUUUAUUAGCUAAUGGAGAACAUUUUGAAGAAGCAGUUGCUGCUUAUUUCGAAGCACUGGAAGUUCGUCCAAGCUAUGUGCGUGCUCGCUGUAAUAUGGGCAUUUCUCAAAUGAAACUUCAUGAUUACAAUCAAGCAAUAAGAGAUUUCAUUCUGGCAGCUCAGCUACAAUACUCUUGUGGUCCUGUUGCAACUUCAGUUUGGACGCUCUUGCGUGCCGCUAUCAUGCGAAGUUAUCAUCCGUAUGCACAGAAUUUACUGACAGCUGUCAAUAAGCGAGAUUUGAAGACUUGUAUUAAAUUAAUGAAUGGAGUUCUCUAA